CAGCACCGCCCCACCUGGCCACCGCCGCAGCCAGCCCGCGCCCGCAGCCAGCCCGAGCUGCCGCAAGCCACCCGCCCCUCCCGGGGGUGGGGUUUAGGCUCCCCCUUCCACACUCGCUUUGUUGCAGGGGCCCCCAGGACAACCCCGCCACUCUGUCUCCACAUCCUGGGAGCCAGAAAGAUGUGGAGACGCUGGCUCGCGCUCGCGCUGGUGGCGGUCGCCUGGGUCCACGCCGAGGAGCAAGUAAGGAGCAAAUCCAAGAUCUGUGCCAAUGUGUUUUGUGGAGCUGGCCGGGAAUGUGCAGUCACAGAGAAAGGAGAGCCUACCUGCCUCUGCAUCGAGCAAUGCAAACCUCACAAGAGGCCUGUGUGUGGCAGCAAUGGCAAGACCUACCUCAACCACUGUGAGCUGCAUAGAGAUGCCUGCCUCACUGGAUCCAAAAUCCAGGUCGAUUAUGAUGGACACUGCAAAGAGAAGAAAUCUGUAAGUCCUUCUGCCAGCCCAGUCGUUUGCUAUCAGUCCAACCGCGAUGAACUCCGGCGUCGCAUCAUCCAGUGGCUGGAAGCGGAGAUCAUUCCAGACGGCUGGUUCUCCAAAGGCAGCAACUACAGUGAAAUCCUAGACAAGUACUUUAAGAACUUUGAUAAUGGUGACUCUCGCUUGGACUCCAGCGAAUUUCUGAAAUUUGUGGAGCAAAAUGAAACCGCCAUCAACAUCACCACCUAUACAGACCAGGAGAACAACAAGCUUCUCAGAGGACUCUGCGUUGAUGCUCUCAUUGAACUGUCUGAUGAAAAUGCUGACUGGAAACUCAGCUUCCAAGAGUUCCUCAAGUGCCUCAACCCAUCCUUCAACCCUCCAGAGAAGAAGUGUGCCCUGGAGGAUGAAACGUAUGCCGAUGGAGCUGAGACCGAGGUGGACUGUAACCGCUGUGUGUGUGCCUGUGGAAACUGGGUCUGCACAGCCAUGACCUGUGACGGAAAGAAUCAGAAGGGGGCCCAGACCCAGGCAGAGGAGGAAAUGACUAGGUAUGUCCAGGAGCUUCAAAAGCACCAGGAAACAGCUGAAAAAUCCAAGAGAGUGAGCACCAAAGAGAUCUAAUGAGGAGGCAUCUGGGAAUGGUGUCCAGAGCCUGGCACCUUCUCUUCAAUUUCAGCGCUGAGUCCAGUAUAUGCAAGUGUCUGCUACAACCGCCAAAUCACCUGUAUUUGCUUAUAUAGCAAUGAGUUUUAUUUUGUCUAUUUGUUCUGCAAUAAAGGAAAUGGGGAUAGCUGGCUAGGAGGGGAAAGGCCAGAGCCUUCAUUUCUAGGAGUGUUUUGGGAGAAGCUGUCAGUGGUGCUCAGGGGCCAGAGGCAAGUAAGGAAACUGCAUCAGGGUUGGGAGAGUGGACCCAGAUCUGGAACCCUUCUGAGUAUAGCACAGCUGUGAACAUGCUGCAGGGAGUGCAGGCAGUGAGAGAGAGCUGAGCAGGCUGUCCCAGAGGAGGGAAUUGGAAAACUCAGUGAAGAAGACUGCAUUCUGCUUCCAGCCCUUCCUGCCACCAUCAGCAUAACAGACCUCUAGCAUCUGUGCUUCUCCUCAAGGCCCCAGCCACUGGCUCUAGAUACACGGCCAUCCUGCUAGUUCCCCAGUGUCUGAGAGAGGGUGCCCCCAAAUGAUGCAGAUACUUGGAGAGUUUGAGCCCCUUAGAGAUCUAACCAAAUUUUUAAAAUACUUUUUACCAAAGGUGCUAUUUUUCUGUAAACUUUUUUUGGCAAGUUGAUUUCAUUCUUCAAUUAUUAUCAUUAUAUUAUUGUUGUUGUUUAAUAUUUUAUUUUCUUAACUAGAAAUUAAGCUUUUGUAAUUAUUUUUCAUUAGUCCUGCAUUUCAGAGAUGGGAGAGUUUGGGGUUCUUCCUUGUGCAGAGACUGCUAUCACCCAGACAUCCCCCCACCCUGCCACAUGCAGCCUGGAAUUCUCCUGUGGUUUCCAGUGGGUCUGCAGUCUGCCAGAGGAGCAGGGGGUGCCUCAGACAGAAGCCAUGAGAAGUAUCCCCACACAAAGCCUUUAAGAUCCAAAAUGCUAACUUGUUUUCAUUUAUUCUGAUAGAGCCAUACAAAUCAGUAUUCCAAAGAAUGGAGACAAGCGCAGCUAAGCAAGACUUAGAUGUUCCCGGCCUAUCAAUAUGCUCAUUGAUCCUGCACUAAGUAGGAGAGUGACUCUGGCCCAUCUCUUCCUAUUUCUGGGCCUUAGUUUCCUCAGUGAACAGGUAGGAAUGCAUUAAACUAUUGAUUUGAGGAACUGUAAAUUCUGUGAUUCUGGUAAUAGGUCCAGAAGGAGAAAAUGUGAUUUUUCUCCUCCUUAGGAUAAAUGAAACCUUGUUUUUAUGUAAGAAUCAGAGGACCAAAAACAAGAUGACAAAUUUGACCUUGGUCUGAAUGGCCCCACAGGUCGUGCUAUGAUGUAGAGCCCUCAAGUAAAGCCUGCCCAGGAAGAGAGUGAGAAAGAGAACCACUUCUUUGUCUUCGCUUUUACAGUUCAUCUUUAACCUUGUUGGGAAGAGAAAUGAAUCUCCCUUCAAAGAUAAGGGGGAAAGAAGGUUUACAUUUUAAGACAGGGAAAAAAAGUGGAAUCAAAUCCUAGAAGUGUGACUGGAGAGAAGUCAGUCAUUUCUGUGUCUUUUGACCCCUGUGAUAAUUAACCCCACUCAAUACCAUGUUUAAGAUGCAUUUGGAGUAACAAAAUUAAAAACUUGACAUAAGAUCUCAUUUUCAGAAAGCAGAUUACAGACCACCAGAGGGAAAUCCUGAGGGCUGUAUUGCACAGGCAACUCUUAGAAAGUUGCGCUGAAAAUGGAAUUCCUUCUAACCAGGUUUCCUUUUUCUCCUUUGAAAGAAGAACAUUCCACUUUGUUUAGAAUUCGGAUUUUUUGUAAAUCAUCCCACUUAAAAGCUCUCUUCCAACCCAACUUAUACAGUUUGAAAUGCACCUCCCUGUCAAAGUGCCUUGGAGAGCUCCCAACAGCACAUCUUGACCAAGUUUUGCCAGCCCUUGGACACCAGAAGAGAGGGCGGGAGUACCAGUCUGUUUAAAGCAAGAAGGCAGAAUGUCUCCUCACCUGUUACCUUUAGGUCAGUGGCUGCCAUCCAAGAUGACCCUACCCUGCGAUGUUGAAGUCCCAAGACCUAACCUGCAUUCCUCCUGUAAAUAGGGAACUACUGUCGGCACCAUAGAGUCACGUGAUGAUGAUCAUUCACAGAAAGCUGCUAAAUAGCCUAGUUUGGGGAGUCUUGCAUAGAGCUUUGCAUGGAGCAAAUAAACAGAAUUAAAUCAGGUUCAGUUCCUCCAGCUCUCUAAAAGCACAGGGCUUAGACUGCAAGCUUCCUUGGGCUUUCUCUGUGUGUCUAUGGUUUUUAUAAAGACAUUAUAGCAUCUGUUAAGAUUCAGUGUCCAUGGAAACCUUCUCACAUGCCAUGGCUCUGGACUCCAUCAUUGUUUUUGGAAAGCAGGGCUCCUCCACCUGCUAAUAAGACCAUCUGGACCAGUCUGAAUGUCUUUCCUUUACAUUUAUGUUUUUAAAUAGUCAAAUUUCAAGAAGCAAAUUUGGACAGGUUUCUGUUGCCUGUGUGUUUGUGAAAUGUAUUUGUAUUUAGUAGGCUUCCAUAUUGCAUUUAACUUGUUUUUGUAACUCUUGAUUCUUUUUUUGGAUACUAUUGAUAAAUAAAGAAAUUAAAACAAUAA